AGACCCACAGGAUACUGAAGGAAGAGUUACUUGCAAGGCUGAAAAGUUUUAUUCUUGGUUACUGAUUGUCCAGAUUAAGGGAGCACUGCGAUCACCCUGUGUUUUCUAGCUCCUCCAGCAAACUUUUGAAAGAACGCUUCUCCAGGGAUCACUGGUUGGCCCCACAUGCCGAACUCCAAUAUGCAGUUCGGAGGUGCCCCCGGAGGCCCAGCUUUUCCUGGACAGACUCAGGAUCCCUUAUACGGCUAUUUUGCUGCUGUAGCUGGACAGGAUGGUCAAAUAGAUGCUGAUGAGCUGCAGAGAUGCCUGACCCAGUCUGGUAUUGCUGGAGGAUAUAAACCUUUCAACCUGGAGACUUGCAGGCUUAUGGUCUCCAUGCUGGAUAGGGAUAUGUCUGGCACCAUGGGUUUUAGUGAAUUUAAGGAACUUUGGGCUGUAUUGAAUGGCUGGAGACAACACUUCAUAAGCUUUGACAGUGACCGAAGUGGGACAGUGGAUCCCCAAGAAUUGCAGAAAGCCCUGGGAACCAUGGGAUUUAGAUUGAGUCCCCAAGCAGUGACUUCAAUUGCAAAACGAUACAGCACCAAUGGAAAGAUUACCUUCGAUGACUAUAUUGCUUGUUGUGUAAAACUUAGAGCUCUCACUGAUAGUUUUCGAAGAAGGGAUACGGCUCAACAAGGGGUUGUGAAUUUCCCAUAUGAUGAUGUAAGUGCCAGUAAACAGCUUGAAGUUUUGAUUGGGGAAUAAGGAGGUCUGUUUGGGUUGAACUUUAGGGAGAUCCUCUUGACCACCUUUUCUGUUAAGUAAAUGGUAGCCCCUUGCUUGCACCACCAUCCACCUUCAUACCCUGGAGUCACUGCAGUUGUGAUUUCUUGAGGGAUCCCAAUGUUCUGUGACUGAUAGUCAUAGAAAGGUGAUGAUAGUGUCAUGAAUUUCAGUAGUAUUGUAAGGUCUGUAAGGGACCUUUAACAGUAGCCCUUGUGAAACCAGUAUAUGGGGAAAAUGGGAAGAGCACUCUGGCUGGAAGUCCUGGCCCUGACUUACCGACCUGGGGAACUUGGGACAAUCACUCAACUGCAGGAGGACUCAAUUUUCUCCUCAGUAAAAUUGGAAGUAAUACUCCUCGCACCACUGGCCUCACAGGGAAGAAAGUGCUUUGUCAUGCUUGGGAUAAGAUAGAAGUGAAAGCUGCUGAUACUUUGUUCUCAUUUCUAAUGAAUGGUUCUUUCUGUGACGUGUUCUUUCUGCAUUUGUAUGUUCUUUUUUCUUUGUAAAUUCAUCCUAAAAAUUCACACUAAAAGCAAGGGUAGCCUCUGCAUAAUUUGAAAUAUAUUGCCAGACUUCCCACUGGGUUGAGAAUAGUGGCCUGCCAUUGGUCAGUUUAUGGUUUUUUCUAAAUGUGAAAUUUGUGGUCUUUUGAAAGCUGUGCAAAGUCCCAGAAAUAGUCAAAAGAAUGUCUUUGAAGAGGAUCCUACUAAAGAAAACAAAUUAAUUUCAUUUUCAUUCCUUUUGGAUACUGUUUGAAAUUGUUUCUAGUGACUUUUCUCUUUAGUGAGCAGUUGACUUCUCAUUCACCACAGUAGUAGUAAAUGGCUUGCUUCAAAUAUACGAAACUUUGACUUUUAUUCUUCUCUGGAAUAAGAUAUUAAUUUCUACAGAACAUAACAGACUAAAUGAAACAUCUUGCAUCAUAAUUGUGAAAAAGUUAAAUUCCAUUCAUAACAAGUGUAAGAGAAUGUUAUCUUUGCAUUUUUUUUUCUUAACUAUUUUUUGGAAGAUAGAAAUGCCCUUUCUAGUAAAUCCUAUAUUUAUAGCACAAUUCCCUGAUAUAUCUAUGAUAUGACAUCUAAAUGCUGUUUUGUGCCAAAAUAUCUAUUAAAUACUGAUAGUAUUGGGAUGUAUAUUGGAUUCACUAUUUCCCAAAAUAGAUCUUUUAAGUUUUUUCAGGAGCCCCAAAUCACUGAAAAUGGUGGCAUUUUAACUUUUUUCCCAUAUAGAAGCUGAAAAAUAAUUUUUUUCUAUGUAGAAACUGCAAAAAAGAAUGUGUUUUUGAGUUGAGAGACUCCCAACAUCUAUUACAUGAACUUCUCCUGCCAUUGUGUAAAUAGUGAAUCUUUCUGGAUAAAUGUAUUUUUUAAUGGAAAAAAAUAAGAUUCAAGAACUAAAAGUGCUAGAAGAUAUUAGCAAGGUGCCCCCCCCCCCCAAGGAACAGGUUCAAGAGUCAUGCUCAAGAAUAGGGAUUUGCCUCCACUGAUGUCUUACUGCAUAGUUUUGUCAAACCAGAUAAAUUAAAGGCAAAUUUAAAAACAGUAAUGAUAGUGUUUAAAGCUUCUUGCCCUGCUCUUGUCUUAGAAGAUAAUACAUGGACUGAUUGACAGUAUAAAUAGAAAAUCUGAUGAUCUUGGUGUAUAUAGUAGUACUGUAUCCAGUAUAAUUUCCAUAGUCCUAAGUAAUACCCAAUAGUAAUACUCUUGAGUAGUUGUAAAUAUAUUAAUUGAAAGAAAGCAUGCCAUGACAUUUGUUCCUGUUGCUUGAGUUGUUUUUAAAGGAAAAUCCCAUGAAAUUUUGAAGAAUUGAAUGUGAAUGUGUAAAUGAUUAUUCCUGUGCACAUUGUAACACUGAAUUUUUUUCACCCCACAGUUCAUACAGUGUGUGAUGAGUGUCUAAAUAAAAAGAAGAAGAUGCUGGUCACAACCAACA